AUGAAGUGGUUAACAUCAAAAUCACCAACAUCAUCCUCAUCCAGUCAUCAACUUAAAACCGAACUAAUAAAACCAUUCCUAGUGCUUCCAUUAAACGAGUCCUCAUCGACAACAUCCUAUAUGGGAUUAAAAUUAGGUACAGCAAAUAGUUUAUGUGAUGAUUUAAGUGUAAAUACUUCAACAAUACAAACAUGGCCCUCGGCCAAAGUGAAAAAACGUAAAUCAAAAUCAUUGGAUCGUCCUGGUACUGCUACAUUAGUGCGACCACGUUUAUUAAAUGAAAAUUUACGUAAUAUAUUAGAUAUGUCAUUAAUUACAAAAGACUUAUUACAAAUUAUACCAAAUUUAUGCCAAAAUGAUGAAUUUUCAAAAAAUUCAAAUAGUAUUAGACCUGCGCAAAAGACUGCAACAAUUGUGAAACGUGUUGUAAAAAAAUCUGUGAAACAAAUUCCAAAUGAAAAUACUGAAGUUCUUAAUAAAAUCAUUGCAAUUAAAGAUCGCAAUAAUAAUUUAAAUGAUAAUAAAAAGGAUAUAAAAACGACAAUUAAUAAUUUACGUAAAUCAAAGUUAUUAAAAACAUUAAGUGUUACUGAAUCAGAAAAUAAUAUGUUAUUAUUUGGUAAUACGACCGAUAGAGUGCCAGAACCAUGUCAAACGUGUGGACGUAGUGAUCAACCAGAACGUUUUCAUAGUCACCCAAUUACACCACGAUCAUUAACGAGCUCAUCAGAUCAUGCAAUUAAAGCUCAUCCUCCUACUCAAGUGAAAAAAUUAGGCAAAGUGAAUCAUAGAUCGAAUAAAUCAGAUACAACUACGCCAUCUAAAAAAGGUUCAAAAUCACCAUAUUUAACAACAAUGGAUUUUAAGAAAAAACCAUUAAAUCCACGGCCAUUAUCAACGCCACGUAAACCAGCGAUUUUAACGUGCUAUUUAUGUGGUAAAGAAUUUGGAUCAUCUUCUUUACAUUUACAUGAAGCUAAAUGUUUUGAGCGCUGGGAACGUGAAAAUUCAAAAUUACCACCCAAUCUACGCCGAGAACCACCACAAAAACCAAAAGACAACUUAUCUACAGACGAAUGGAAUGCAGCUGCUUGGAAAGCAUCGCAGUCAACUCUUAUACCAUGUGAAAAUUGUGGCCGAACUUUUCAACCCGAUCGAUUAGAAGUUCAUCAACGUAGCUGUCGACCGGGAAAACCUACUACGCCUAGCAAUGGAUGGACUUCACCAGGUCGUAGUGGUGGCCCGCCAACAGUUGAUUGUUAUAUAUGUGGUAGAAAAUUUGGUACACGUUCAAUUAAUAUUCAUGAACCGCAAUGUUUGAAAAAAUGGCAUGCUCAGAAUGACUUACUCCCGCCAAAUGAACGUUUAAAACCACCAGUCAAAACCGACAAUUUGCCAUCUUCACCUUCACAAACACGAAUUAAUUCGGCAUCCACUUCAGCCCCGCGGGGUACAUCAUUUGAUACAUUAAAUAAUAUAAAAAAACGCCCAGAGUCAUCAACAACUCCAACGAAAAGGGUAACCAGACGAACAUUAGCAUGCUAUUUAUGUGGACGAGAAUAUAUACCAUCCUCAUUGAAAAUUCACGAGCCACAAUGUUUGAAAAAAUGGCGAAUGGAAAAUGCUAAACUACCGCCAAGUCAACGGCGUAAGGAACCUACAAAACCGGAUAUUGUUUUUACAGAUAAAGGUCAUAUUGACUAUAAUGCUACAGCUGAUGAAAAUUGGAAAACGCAUAUCAGCCAACUAGUACCUUGUUCAAAAUGUUCAAGAACAUUUUUCCCUGAUCGAGUUACAGUUCAUGAAAAUAGUUGUAAAGGCUAA